AAUUUAAUUUUGCUAAAAUUUAAGCGCGUUUUUUAUAAGUUAUAUGCAUAUAUUGUUUAAAAAAUUUUAUUGAAAAAAUAUAACUAUUUGAAGUGCAUUUAUAGUCGCAAAAAGAUUUGACUUCAAUUGAAGUUAAUUAAUGCACACCAGCGCUGGAAAAGUGUUUAUUUGUAACAAGUGAAGCGGAAGUGCAACGAAGAGUGCUGCAUGAUUUCUGCGAGUGUGUGUAUGUGUUGAUAGUAUGUGGAAAGUGCAAUCCAAGUGAAGAAAGUGCAAUCACGAAAAAUCUAUAUAUACCCAUGCUUACACGCAUGCAUAUAUAGUAUGUAUACAAAAAUUUAAAGUGAAAAUUCGCAUCUCCUUUGCAUGUCUAUUUUCACAUAUAAAAGUUGCCUAUUUGCCUGUUCGUUGCAACAAACAGGUUCAUCCGAGUACGCGUGCGCAGACAAAUGUCCGCUUGCAGAUAACCGCCUUGGCGACUUAAAAGUCAUUUAGCGCAGACACAUUCAAUCAAUAGAAUAGAUUUUAGGUAAAGAAUCAGCACUAAAAAUACGAAAAAAAUAAUCACUUUAAAUUCAUCUACAUUUAAUAAAAUUAAUUUUGCUUGUGAAAGAUUUAAAAUGCGCUGCAUGUUGAACUCGAACUUGACUUUAAAACGUAAACGGCAAUCGAAAGAUAUUUAACUGACGACUACUGACUCAUUUUUGUUAUGUUUGUUGUUGGCAUUGGCAGCGCAGGAAUGCCAAACAUGCGCGACAUUCGACUACAACUUCGGUGCCGCGCGUAGUUCUCCGAUUUUGUUUCGUUGGUAUUUGAAUGAAGAAGAUCAGCUUUGUUUUAUGGUUUGUCUCACACUGCCAAGUCUCCGGUGGACUGACUGCCAUUUGUGCAGCGGCUAUCAUCUGCAACCAAAGUGAUUGCUGCCAACUCAAAAUAUGCAACACCAAAGAACGUGAGCUGAUAGCAAAUCAAAUAACCAAAAACAAAAACUUAGUGCAAAUAGUGUUUAACAACAAAAACGAAAAUAAAAAUGUUGGACAGUGCAAAGGAAACAACGGGUGUAAUGUUAGCAACAUUCGAUACAGCAGUGGCUUCGGCCAAAACUGCUGCUGAAGAUGCAAAUAAAAGUGAAUUUCUUAGAACAACUCAAACAACAAAUUCAUCGCCUUCAAAAGCAAAGACACUUUUCAGUUGGUUUCGAAGUGGCCACACAAAACUAUCUAGCAAAGCCGACUCCAACGUACCCACAACAAAUAGGGAGCAAAAGCAUAUAGACGGUGGAGUUGAAGAAGCGGAGGUGGUGCACAUAAAGGGUGGCGUCAAACAAUUAUCGCCAAAGGCACUGCCGAUCGCACCAGCAGUAACGAGUGCUGCAGAGCGCGACGUAACGUUACGCGAAUUUCGCGGCGUCCAAAGUUUGCGACACUUGUGGAAUAAGCGCAUCAGCGCAAGUGAAGACGCCACACGGCGACAAAGCACGCUAAGCGACAGUAAGGCGAAUAAAUUAACGAAAUCGAUUGGAUGUCUAGUGAAUGCGGCAGCUACGUCAACAGAAGCUACUAACUCAACAACACCUGUCAAAGGCAAAGCUUUGCGUCAAAAACGUUCACAUAGCUUACACGAUUGUACUCAGGUAGGCGUGCACGUUGAAGUGACCACGACUGAGUCGGAAAUCGACUGUUUACAUCGCGAAAAAGAUAACUUUUACAAGUACAAAACGGCGGAACAGGCAGCAAAACAUUUGACGCGCGAAACGCGUCUGCGUACCAAAAAUACGCGACGCGUCACCGCCGGCAUAGUUUGUAGCGAGACACGCAGCAAUGGUGCACACUUUCCCGCAGUGAAGGCGAGUGAUCGUGGCGAACACAUUCAUUGGCUAAAACGGCAGGACAUGGUGACGAAAAGUCGUGAAAACGCAGAUAUGGCAGUUGUGAGUACCCCUACUGACCGUGAAACCACUACAGCGUCGGCUGAAACAUUAUCAGCCGACGACGUUGUUAUCAGUGAGACAGCAAACAGCGCAACGACAACAAUAACAACUGCAUUGGCAAUAACACCAGCGACCCUUGCUCAACGGAAUAACUACGCGGCUGAUUCUUCUGAUAAUGAUACGCUUGCCGCUAACAAUUCGCCUCGCCAUUCGGCCAGUCGUAAGCGAAACUCAUACCGCGAAGUAACAAAUACGUCGCUCGCAAAACGCAGCAGCACCGAUUCAAAUAAAUCGAAUUCACUAACAUUAUCAACAUCGGGAUCAGUAACAGGUGGCACGAAUACAGGAGGCCGCAGCGCACGUCGCACCGCCUCCUCGUCGUCAUUCUCAGCGUCGGCGCGCAAAUAUAGCUUCAAAACACAUACGCGCACGUAUCACGCGCCGCGCAAAAUGAGCCAACGUGACAGCAGCACUGUUGGCAGUGCAAACGGUAUCGGUGGUGCAUCCACUUUUGUGCCGGGGGGCAGCAAUAUAGUCGCCAAAUUGACGCAACAAUUCAAUGAAAUGAUACAGAAAGAUAAGAAGUUGCUGGAAGAGGUGAAACGGAAGAAUGGCGUGCUGCUGUCGCGCGGCGGACAUGUUUACAAAGUGGUGGAGAAUCCAAAGGCAGUGUCGGAGGGUAAUAAGCGCGCUUCACCGAGCAUCAGCCGGAGCAUUACGCAAGGACAGAAUGGCACCGCUUCGCAUGCCUCAACAGUGCAGCGAAAUAUUAUAAAAUUUGAAGGUGGUCCAGAGUUAGAGAAGCCAGUAGUGCCGGUAAAAAGCGCACAGGUACUGCAAAAGUUGCGUGAAUUAAGUAAAACACAACAAUAUAGUCUGAACAAUAAUGGUAAUGGUGGAUCGAAACGGUUGCACCUGAAACUGCCGAUCGCAGCAUCGACAAACGAGCUGCAGCUGAAGCUUGAACUGAAGAAGGCACAAUUGGCGCUGCCGCUGUCGCCGCCACUGGAGGUCGUCACCGAGGAGUCAAAGACGCCGUUAGAAACAUACGAAAAAUCGAUCGGCAUUAGUCAGUUGGAAAGUGGCAAUACUGUUACGCAGGCACCGGUGGACGCAGGGAAUGAGAAAAUUGCGGACAGCACGUACGGGACAUACAAUAACAGUAAAGACAAUAACAACGGCAAUGAUCGCGACACAAAAACGUUUACCGUGGUUGAACUGGAAAAAGAGUGCAAUCAGAAGCAAAGCUGUGACAUUAAAAGCGAAUCACUUAAUGACGUCUGCAGUUGCGGAGCCCCGCAAGUAUUCACAGUUUCUAACGCCAGUGAUGUGGCAACCGAAGCAAAAAAUAUUGAAGAGCGCAUAGCAGCCAAGGAAGAAAGUAAUGAUGCGGAAAACAAUACGAUUUGCAUUGAGGCGAAUUCGACUGAAGCAAUAAAAAGUGAAACAACAAAUGCUAUUGAGGAGGCCACCAUUAAUGCUGAGCUUAGCAUUCCCACGUUUUUGACGACAUUGGGAACUUUGGACAGGGCAGAAAGAACAAAAACAACUGGCACGAUUGAAGCAACAACAAUUGCAUUGCAAACAACGGAGGAAGCACAAAAAACCACCGCAGAUUCCAUUGACGACCAGCUUGAUUCAGCUAAUGAUGAGAAGGCUAAGCAACGCAAACACAAGUACGCGAAAAUCUAUGAAAAGUUCCGCUUUAGGUCACCAUUUGCUGGUGGCCACAGCAACAAGAAGCUGGCAUCGAAGCAGCCAGUAAACGGGGUUGAAAUGCACUGUGAAUUCAAGCGACCAGCGGCUGAAAUUGCAGAAGAUGCAGUAAAAACUAUACAAGCACCAAAAACCAUACCAAUAUCUACACCAGCUUCGGCACCAGUAUUAGCGGUGACGGCGGGAAAUAUUCCAAAAGAGACUGAUAAGAAUAUGGAAAUCGGCUGUAUCUUAGAUUCCGAAAAUACUGCCAAACCAGCUGUUGAACCUGAAUCGAAGUUGCUCGAUGCACUUGAGAUUAUUGAUCACAAGUUGAAAGAUCUCGGCAUAGACAAAGUUGACGAAAACACUGACGCUCUUUUGAUUUCACCAGAUGAUGACUUCGAACAGCGCGUACUACCAAACAACUCCUUCGUAUUCAAGGCGAGCACUAAGCAGGUGGUCAAUAAUAAAUUGAUUGUCACGCAGGCGGUGAAUGUAACGCUGGUUAACAGUAUUGAGGGCGAACAGAUGAUACUAGAGCAAAAGGAGCUGCAACGACUGCAGUGUGACUAUAGCGAGCUUGUGCGUCCACUCAGCGUGAAUUUGGAGCAGCCAGUAUUAGGCACAUGUGAAGCCAACACGCAGGUGCAACAGCCGGCACCAGUGGAGCCAAUGUACGAACCAAUCGCCGCACAGACUGAUGUAACAAAGACUGAAGAGCACUCGACAUUGACCGACUUGUCGCCUCCGACAUCUUUCCUCUAUAAGAGCUGUGCAGCGACCAUAGAAAAGAAGUCCAUUGAAACUGAUACGCCGUCGGCAGAAAACGCAAUGCACUCAGUGCCAAUAAUGGAAAAGAAUAAGUCUUUCGAGGACAUUUAUCAAACUGUAGAAGAGGUCAAUGGGAUAACUUCGCAAACAGUAGCUGAAGCGACAGAUUCUGCACUCUUGGCCGAUUAUGAAUCCAUAGCUGGCUCCUGCGAGCACACUACGCCAGCAACAACUGCCAUUGGCGCAAACCGUAGCGGCAAGCCACUUUAUGAUGGCUAUGAAAUUUGUGAGCCGCCACCAGAUACACCACCGACACUGCCUAUCAAUGCAUUAACAACUAUUGAUGUAGCUGCCAGCAGUGCAAUCUUUACCCAACAAACGUCCUUGGGUGGAGGUAAUGUGCGCAACACAAAUGAUGAGCUUCCCGAACUGCCCAAACCAAAACGUCGCCUGCCUAAAUCCCCAAUGCCAAGCAAACGUUCGCCGAAAUCUGCAGCUAAAAUUGCAUCUACAUCUACCAGUCGAAGCAGUAAUAGCAAAAGUAACAGUCAUAGCACCGUAACUGGGCUGGACGACCAAGAUGAUGAUCAUCACUAUUAUGCAGAUGAUGAGAAUAUCUAUGAUACCAUCAAAGGUUCGCACUGCUAUGAGUCUCUGCAUGCCUUAAGCAUCGCCACACAAAAAUCUUCCAGCGCUGCGACGAAAUGUGGCAAUGAUAAUAUCUCGCUCACCUCCAAUUGCUACGAGAGCAUCUCACAUUAUCGGCGCGCCAGCCACAGCAAUGGUGGCGGCAGUCAUUUGACGGGCAGCAGUAGCGGCUCAACACUCACCAUUUCAUCGGAUCACAAAACGAACAGUUUAUAUGAGAUGUCUGUGGCGGCAAGUAUUAUCUAUGGUACUGGCAGUUUGGGCUCUAGGCAAUCGGUAGCGGAAAAGACGAGUGUGAGCGUUUCCGGGCGUAAUAAGGGAAGUGAUGAGUCAGUGGGCACGAAAAUUUAUUAUCAAUCGCAUGGUGGCGCAUCAAGUGAUAACAGCGAUGAGUGGGUCGACAUAUCAGACCCCGAGGCGGAGGGUGCGGAACAAUUGGCGAAACAGCAAUUCAUUGUCGUACGAGAACGCUCCAAAGUCCAUCGCAGCCCGGAUUGGUCAAAACGUGUUAGAGAUAAACGCUUGCAUCAAAAGAAAGCGAUAAGUUGCAUAGAAGAUGACUCUGACCACUACUAUGAGACAUUGUCACCUUUAGGAAAUAAACGCCACUCCACUCUACCAGCACAGCGUUCAAAUAGUCAUCACAAACGCGAUCAAGAUUUAGCCUAUAUUGCGAAGAAUGGCUCGCAGCGCAGUAAGCAAUAUUCGGCCUCCAUGCAUGGCUUGGGCACGUUAGUGACAUCAGACGAUUAUGACUCUUUCGAUACAGACACCGAUGAUAUUUAUGAAGCGAAGGAGAACAUAAAAAAUCAGAAUGACAGCGGCGUGGAUAUACGCAAUGUGAAACUCCCUGAUCCACCUCCUUCCACUAAUCAAGUAUACGCUAUAGUACGCAAACUGAAGAAUUUCAUCUCAAAUAAGAAAUCUCCGGGUUCGCAUUCAAAGUUCGGCGAUAGUCAGCAAAAACUGUACGAAAACUCCACCCAAUUCUAUGUGAGUGGCAAUAUUUAUGAGAAUACACCAAAGACCAAAUCCAAACCACAGAAAAAUGUUAAAAGGACACCUCCAGCUGUACAAAAUCAAGACAUUUAUGAGAAUACCGAGUUCCAUAGUCCGCUUGCGAUCGUGCCAGAUGAUAAACAAGUUAGCACAGCGGAAACGAUUUUAAAUAGUCCAACGGAAGCUAAGCCCGAUACAUCCGACACAACUACCACGUUACGUUCCAAGUCUAAGGCGGGUAAGAGUUUCAAAUCACGUCUGCGCAAAAGUCUAGUCGGUUCCACUUUUGAUAUGAAGCAACUAUCGACGUUGGCGCCUACACGUAGCACCUUUUACAUUGAAGAUCCAACGUAUGGGGGCUCUGGUGAGUUAGAUUCAGGCUUCUCUGAGAAAGCUUCAUCAGGUGAUCUGCCCACAAUACCUACACCUGAGUCACAGAAAUUCUCAACUGUCGCACGUAAGGCGAAAAAGGAAACAAAGGCGUCAAAUUCACAACGGCGAAGAACUACCAUUGGUAUACGUCCACAAGAUCCGCCACCACCACCACCCGUCGCAUCAUCAACAACAUCUUGGUACGCCGAAUGUGGGGUAUUCAAAAGUGGUACGAGCGGUUUGCUACAAGAGUCGGAAAUUUCGAUGAACGAUAGUAAGGCGAGCCAGAGUGGUUCUUCGGUUUUUAAUGGCAAUUCCUGGUACACCGAAGCAGGAUUGUAUCAGACCAGCGGCGUAUCUGUAGCCAGUUCGAGCGGCAGUUCGGGUGUAUCUACUGGCAAUGAAGGUGCAAUAGGCGAUGAGCUGCCACACAGCAUGUUUCAGAACGAGCCGCUCUACCAGAUCUACAGUGCCGCUAAGCUGGAGUCCAUCACACGCGACAUGGAGGAGCAUGACAGUUCAACAGAUGGUUAUGAGGAGAUCGGUCAUAAUGGAUCGGCAAGCGAGGCGUGCAUAAGUAGUCAAAAGCACCAACGACCUAGUGCUUUCCAGCUAAUUGAGCCAAAGAAUGGACCAUCCCGUACAUUGUGGAGUGAAAUACCAGAGGUCAUAAAUUCGUGUGUUCUAGCUACACUCACACCACGAGAACGCAGUCUGCAGGAGGCGAAGUUCGAGAUUAUCACCUCUGAGGCGAGUUACCUGAAAUCUCUAAACCUGCUGCGUAAUCACUUCAUGAAUCAUCCAAUAUUCCGGGAUACGAAUGUGGUGAGCCCCCGCGAUCGCAAAGCCUUGUUUGCAUACAUUGUGCCUGUACAUGAAUGCUCUGAAAGGCUGCUCACAGAAAUGGAAUCCUGCUGGCAAGAUAAUAUAAUGUUAAUCGGUUUAAGUAAGCGCAUCUUUACCGUUGCGGAGAAAUAUUUCCAUGUGUACAUAUCGUUUUGCGAGCACCAAGGCCGCAUGGACAGAACAUUGCGUCGGUUGAAGGAGAGUCGUGGUAUUUUUGCACAGAAUCUGCAUCUUCUCGAAACAAGUCCAACCUGUUGUGGCCUGAAUCUGCAUUCUUUUCUCAUGUUGCCCAUGCAACGCAUUACACGUCUGCCGCUGCUUAUAGAUGCCGUAUUUAGUAAAGUAAGCCCCAAUGAUGACGAAUACGAGAACUGGAAGAUGACUUUGGCUAUCAUGAAUAAGAUUGUGACACAGUGUAAUGAAGCCGCCAACCGCUGUGAGCAGGCGUACGAAAUCGAGCGUAUAGCGCGUCAGUUGGAGUUCCCUUCGACGAUACGGGCUUUGGCCAUAGCACCUGCGGGUGUGCCCGCGCCGGGUUCAAAGCCGCGGUUUCUGGUGAAACGAGGUGAAUUGACGCAUUUCAUUUGGCGUGGUGACGAUGUCAAACUUACUUUCGGAAAGAAAUUUUCCAAAGUGGCCAUCUACGCUUUCCUCUUCUCUGAUCUGCUCGUGCUAACGAAACGUAAAGGGGAGGAACAAUUCGCAGUUUUUGAUUAUUGCCCGCGUAAUAUGCUGACUAUCACAUCCGGUGAUCUGCGUGAUAUUAGUCAGACGCACAAAAAUCUAAUACUGAUGACUUUGUUGGAGAAUCACGAGCGAAAGACUGUGGAACUAGUCCUUUCUUGCCCAUCAGUUUCCGAACAGGAACGUUGGUUGCAGGCAGUUCGGCCGCCCGAACCAGAGACGCCCGGUGAAAAGCUUUACGCCCCCUGGGAUUGUCCGCAAGUAAUAACAAAGCACGCAUAUGUAACGAGAGAACCAGACGCGCUAAGUCUGGAAGUGGGAGAUGUAGUAAAUGUGACACGAAAAUUGCCAGAUGGUUGGUACCAGGGUGAACGCAUACGUGAUGGCGUUGUAGGUUGGUUCCCGGGCAGUUAUACGGAAGAGGUAAAUUCAGCGCAUGUGCGCGCUCGCAAUCUCAAACAGCGUCAACGUCUGCUGACUUUCACAGCCACAUAUCUCGAGUCGCAGAAGCGGAAGUAGGCAAUUUUUUUUGGGGCACAGCAUGUCUCAGGCGUUUGCCACAGUUAUAAAUGUAAAAGAUAAAGUUUAAUACAUGUGUUUGUGCCUUCUCAAUGUUAAGAAGUUUUUGUUUUACUAUUUAAGUGUUAAAAUUAUGAAAACUAAAUAUGUAUUUGUCUUUAAUCAAUAAUUUACUUAUAAAAAUAGUUACCCAUAUUUCGUCGCAUAAAAUUAUACGCAUACAUAUGUAUGUUUGUAUGUAUAUUAAAUAUUUAUUAAACAUGUGAUAAAAAUAAAAAUAUGACUUUACCUAUGAAUGUACUUGUAAAGGGAAUUCAUUAUUAAGAUAUAA